AUGGCUCCUGCAUAUAUGACUGAAUACUCCAAGCUUUCCAACAAGGAGAAGCAUAAAUUGCGAAAGCCAGUGGUGGAAAAGAUGCGCAGAGAUCGCAUCAACAACUGCAUCGAGCAGCUCAAGUCCAUGCUGGAGAAAGAGUUCCAGCAGCAGGAUCCCAACACCAAGCUGGAGAAAGCCGACAUCCUGGAGAUGACGGUGGUUUUCCUCAAGCAGCAGCUGCAGCCCAAGACUCCACAGAAAGCCCAGUUUGAGGGCUAUUCGCAGUGCUGGAGGGAGACCAUCAGCUUUCUGUCUGUGGGCUCCAAGGCCGAGGCUGUGGCUCAACAUCUCCAGCAAGAAGCCCAGAGAUCAGAAGCUCCAGAGGUUAAACGCAUGUCUCCAGCUCCCCAUCAUCAGCAGCACACACACAUCAAGCAGGAGCCGCGGGCGCACAGUCCGCUCUGGAGACCCUGGUAGAGACGCUCAAACACUAGAUGGUGGUUUACCGUCUCUUAUGUAGGAGAUUCUCCAUUUCUAUAGUACAUCACUUAUUCACAUUGUGAAGAUUGUGUGAAGAAUUGAGUGAUUCACAAUGUGAGGGCCUCGUCUUCUGCUGAUGUUUCUAUUCUAUGAUAUGAUCAGAGGUUUAUUAUUGUAACACCUCUGUAGUUUCCACAUGGAUGGACAUUAUUUUCUAUACAUUUCUUCAUGAUGAAGAGUCAAUGUUGAACUCCUGUGGAGUUGUGGAUUAAGUAUGAUUUGUGAUUUUUAAUAUGCAUUAUCAAUGCUUUAUUGAUGUUUCUUUAUAUGAAA